AUGAAAAAAGUUUCAUAUGAAUACCAACCAAUACAAAUUAAUUCUUUCUCUAUUAGUGGAAAUCUUCCUAUUGGAACAUUAAUAAUUAGUAAUGAAGAAAUAAUAGAAUUAGAAAGACAAGAGAAUAGUAUUAUAAAACAAAUUAAUAUUGAAAUAACAUUAGAAGAAAGUUGUAAUGGUAAAGAAAUUUUUUUUGAUUUUAAAAAUGGAAAAAUAGAAACUAAACAAACUGAAAGAAAUGAAAAAAUACAAAUAGAAAAAGGAGUAAAACAAGGAGAUAUUAUAAAAAUAAAAAAAUUUAUUACAACAUAUUAUUUUAUGAUUGAAAUUAAACCAUCACCACAAUUUGUUAUUGAAGGAGACAUUGUUUAUACUUCAGUAUUUACAUUAGAAGAUAAUAAUUAUUCAAUUUUAUUACCAAAUGGAAAUAUUAAACAAUUACAUUUACCACACAUAACACAAAAUUCUCUUAUUAUAUUAAAAGAAUGUGGAAUAUUUUUAAAAAAUAAACAACGUUAUGGAGAUCUUUAUGUAAAUUUUUUACAAUACAAAAAUAUGCAAAUUUUUAGAACAUUAGAAGAGUAUAAUCUUAAUUAUUCUUUUAGAACUUCUUUAGAACCUCUUAAUAAAACACCCACAACUUUUAUUUCUAUUCAAAAAAAUGAAUUAUUAACAUAUCAACCAAUUUUAAUUUUAAGAGAAAUAGAAGAUAACAACUCAUUUAUUAUAAAAUAUAAAAAAGUUUAUUUAAUACCAAAAUACUCACAAAUACCUUAUUAUGUUUGUUUCAAAAAUGAUGGAAAUAAAUCAAUAAAUAUGUUACAAGGUGAUAUUGUCUUUAAAGUUAUUCAUUAA